UAUUACUCACAAUUCGCUACUACACCUUUGUGUUUCCGUUUACAGGCGACGACCUGCCCACUUCGGCUUCUACCCGAACUGACCGACGUUGAAGUUUCCGAUCAAGGGACAAUGAAGCUCUCGUUUUCCCUCUCUUCAAAACCCUCUUCCAACCUCAGAAACCAGCAACCUUCUUCUUCUAGAGCAUUCUCCGCCAACAAUCCCCAAAAUUCCUCAAACCCUAUCGAAAAAGAAUACGUCACCGAAUUCGACCCUUCAAAAGCCCCUUCAUCUUCCACUAAACAAACACUCAUAAUCCCUCCAAAACAAAACGAAUGGCGCCCCAUCAAACGGAUGAAAAAUCUCGACUUACCAGAUUCAACGGCCACAGAUCAACCACUCCAAUUCGAAAUUGACAACGGCGGCGCUACUGCCGAACCAACUGUAGAUGGUAUCUCUUACGGCCUCAAUGUUCGCCAAUCCGAAAACCCUAACCCUAACCCGAAUGCGAAUUCGAAGCAGUUGAUUGAUCCGAUGUUGCGUCAAUUUAAGGAGGAUUUGAAGAGGUUACCUGAUCAUAAUGGGAUUGAUGAGUAUACUGAUAUGCCUGUUGAGGGAUACGGUGCUGCUUUGUUGAAGGGUUAUGGGUGGGUUGAAGGUAGAGGGAUUGGUAGGAACGCCAAAGAGGAUGUUAAAGUUGUUGAGUAUAAAAAAUGGUCAGCUAAAGAAGGGAUUGGUUUCGUACCUGAAGUACCGAAAAUAAAGGGUGAAAAAUGUAGUGUUAAAGUAGAUAAUGUUGAGAAGAAAGAUCGAGAAGAUGGAACGAAAGGGUUAUAUGUAGGGAAAGAAGUGAGGGUAGUGAGAGGAAAAGAAAUGGGGUUGAAAGGGGUUGUUUUGGAGGUGAAAAGUGGCGGGGAUCUGGUGGUUUUGAAGGUUGCGAAACGAGAUGGUGAGAUGAAAGUUAAGGUACGGGAUGUGGCGGAUUUGGGUUCGGUGGAGGAGGAGAGGUGUUUGAAGAAGUUGAAAGAAUUGAAGAUUAGAGAAGAAAAGAGUAAUCUUGAUGAAAGGAGAAGUAGAUACGAAGGGACGAUAGAGAGGAAAAAGGAAAGUAAAAGAAGUAGUGAUGAUGAGGUGUCUUGGCUUGCUAGUCAUAUUAGAGUUAGGAUUAUAAGUAAGGAUUUAAAAAGGGGAAGAUUGUAUUUAAAGAAAGGGGAAAUUAUGGAUGUGGUUGGGCCGACUUGUUGUGAUUUAUGUAUGGAUGAAACUAGGGAGUUGAUACAAGGUGUGGAUCAGGAUUUGCUCGAGACGGCUCUUCCAAAGCGUGGUGGUCCCGUUCUUGUUCUGUAUGGUAGGCACAAAGGUGUGUAUGGUCACUUGGUUGAGAAGGAUAGUGAGAAUGAGACUGGAAUUGUCCGAGAUGGUGAUACCAAGGAGUUACUCAAAGUGCGACUUGAACAAAUUGCUGAGUAUCUUGGGGAUCCGAGCUAUAUUGGUUAUUGAUCCUAGUCUUUGUGAGUAGGAAUUUGGCAUUGACAGGAUGAGGAAUUACUACACAAAUCAAAGAAACAGAGUUGGAGUUGAUAGUGGUAGCAUUUUGGAUCUCCUUGCCGUUUCUCUAUCCUUCAUCUUGUAUGGAGUCACUGACUGCAGCAAUGGUAAUUUAUCCCCAAAUUUCACACCAAAAUUGUAUAAAACCAAGUGGACUGGAAAAAAGGUAUCUCCUAUACUAGAAUCUUCGUAGGAGUGCAUUGCGGAACUGCGGAUUCCAAAAAUGUAUCCUAGUCAAAUCAAAUAGAGGCGUCAGUAAAUAUGGCUUCAGCACUGCCCUAGUGCUAUCAACACCAAUGUUACCAAUUUCAAAAUAAAAAUAAAAAUAGAGGUGUCAGUACAUUUUACCUUUGCUGCAACGUGUUUCAAUUCUAGCAAACCACAGAAAGAUCUGUACAAGUCUUAAAUUUGCAAGGGACUUUCUUAGGUGAUGUGCCUAUAUUUGUGACGUAUGCUUGAAUAUCAAAUGUAGCUGAUUAAUUAAGUGAACUCUCCCCAGCACACUUCAGUGAUUUAUUUUUCCAUCCUUUGGUUAUGCUAAUGAUAUGCUCAACUAGUUUGUGCAGGCUUAGUUUCAGCUUUCUAGAAAUAGAAAGACCCUAGGUAUUUUGAUGGUAGUUAACCAUUAGCAGACCAACCGAGUCCAUAAACUAGAAUUAGCUAAUCUACUGAUGCAUGUGUUAAUGUACAGAUGCAUAUUCUGUUAAUAUAAUGAUGCAAAUUAUAUUAUUAGUUUAUUAUGGAUAUGAAUUUAUUUAGUAACACUUACCUCUUCUACGUGAUAAUUGAUUCUACACUUUUUUAAUCGGAAGAGGCGAAUAGCGUAAUAAUAAGUUUUAACGAGUAAGGUAACCGAAAGGACUUAAUAAAAAGAGCAUGUUUCAGUUCAAACACAUAUUUCUGGUUCUUUAAUAUUAUUAUUUUGACGAUUAAAUUGUAUAACCGAUAGGAGUACAUUUAAUUGUUCGACUUUAGUUUGUGCAGGCUUAGUUUCAGCUUGCUAGAAAUAGAGAGACCCUUGGUACUUUGAUGGUAGUUACCAUUAGCAGACCAACCGAUCCAACCAAGUCUUCCUCCUCCCUCAUUUGAUAUUCCUGAUAGAUGAACACAUUCUCUUGCAAGCAUCAGCAGAACCUUAAAAUUCUUGAAAAUCAUGCGGCAGGCCUUGAUGGACGUAAAUGUGACUGCUCAGUGGCUCUAAUAUUGCAAAAUCUGUGUGAAUAUAUGUUGUAAUUUUCACUCUUGACAUCUCCAAUAAAAAUCAGAAGUAUGAGCACGAAAACUUAUGUUGAAACUGGUCUGUGAACACGUCCAUUCCAGUAGCAGAAGGCUGGAAAAACAUGCGCCUCCCCACCCCAACACCCACAACCAAAGCCCGCAACCACUGCCAAAUAGCCCACUGGAACACCACCUCACACUGAGAAUCUUGCAGUAGCUAAGCGAGUAUCAAUGCAAUUGACAAAGAGUGGAAAAAAUUCAAUAGGAUUCACUGAAGAAAAGCAAGAGAGAACCUGAUUACUUACCAUUCUUGUAACUAACAUGGUUAGGUGAUACAGUCUGCCUAAAAUUUCAUAGGAAAGAUGCUGAACAGAUUAGUAUAUUUGAAGCUGACAUCUUGGGGCUCUUGUGUAGCCAUACUUACGGGUCAGAGUAAAACAAGUUAUACUUCUAAGAGAGGUGGAGCAAGCGCACUAUGCUAUACCAUUGUUGGGUGAGCGAAGUGGUACACUUACUCUUCAGCCAAAAAUUGGUGCUAGAAUAUUCAAUGCAAUGUGAUGAACCAUUUGGUUGUUUUUCCUGUUUACAGCUACUCUUGAAAUUUGUUUGGAGCAUUCAAUUGCUGAAUUGGUUAAUUCUGGCAUAUUUUGGACUUGCAUCACUCCACAUAGCUGUAUCAAUAGUGUCAAUGUGGAGUCUGUGUGCUAUUUCUUUUUUAGAUUAAUAAUGCUGUGUGGCUGUGAUGUCUUCCAUGAAAAGACUGCUUCUAUCAGGUUUACGGUUAGUAGCACCGUAUAAUGAUAGAAGCAACAAAGUACUAGGGGUUUCUAUGAAUAUUUUCUUUUUUGAUAAGGUAUGAUUAAAUUAGUUCUAUCAACAUACUAAAUUUUCUUCCUUUUAUCUUUUACCCUACCUGUAUUGACAAGUUUAGCAAUGUUAGAUGUACAAUUGCAAUCCUGAUCCUUCUAUGCUUAGGUUCAUAUCUUUUUGUUCUUGGCACUUAGUACCUUAACUGUUUGUGGCUUCUAAGGUAAGCUCUUGGUAACAUAUGCAAGUGGAGAUCUUAAUUUGGUUACUGGACUUGCCAUAUGUGCACUGAUGUCGUUGAUUCUUGAUUGACUAUCCUGUGUUGUGGUUUAGAGACAAUGCUCCGAGAAGCUCUGCAUUAUUAGCUCAGAAGAAAAGUAUCACAUUACCACUUAAUAAAGCAUCUGAGAAAAGUGAAAGUAGUUUGAAGCCCUAGCAAUUGUAAUGCACAUCUGGAAUACAUUUCCAUUUAUAUUUGAGGUUCUUGAGUUUGUUUGUAUAUGCCUGAUAUAUAGGUAUUGAGUGAGUAUGGAAAAAAAUGUUGUCCAUACUUUGGGCUUGGGUUAGAAUUGAUUUACUAGUUAGCAAAGUGAGGAUGUACUAAGGAGAGUAACAUGAUUAUAUCUCUCAUAUCUUGUCUUCUCACUACGACGUAUAUAACGUGCAGCAAAGUUGGUUUACGUUGGUAUUUCUAAAGGGGGAUGUUGCCUCAAGUUGAUCCAAACACAUUGAGCUUUGACUUAGCUGAUAGUAUUGUACGGUCAUAAUUAUGCUCUUUGCCAACCAAACUACACUUGCAUUUGAAAUUGCUCUACUGUAGUUUGCUCUUCUGAAAGCCCUAGGAUUAAGCCUCUUGGAUGUUUUGUUCACGUACGCUUACGAAGCU